AUGACCGAACGACCGUCAACGGCGACGGGCAGCAACCGCAAUUUCAACCAGGCAUUGACCUCCCCACUGAGGCCAAAUACGAGCGGUGGCCCUGGAAUCUCUGUGACUGGUGCUUCGCCGACAGGAUCAAGAACUCCACCUCCGAAUGAGAACCGCCGGUCUAUCAGUGGUGCUUCGUCCUCACCUCGACCAAAAGCGAAAGAAUCUACCAACACAUUUUGUCGAAACAUCACAAUCUACGGGUAUUGUCGUUACCAAGAUAAGGGCUGCGCAUUCAAUCACGAUCCCCAUUCGCAAAAACAGCAAUCUGGGAGCGGGCGAGGGAAAUUCAACGUAGACUCACCCUCUUUCACUCCGGCGACUCCCCCCAAGAAGACAAUAUCCCCGAACGUUGCGGACGCUGCACCUUUCACCCCGAAACACACCACUGGUAAUACAUUGAGCAGGGCAAACUCUGCGGCAUCUCGAGCUGACGUGCUAGGAGUUGCGGCACCCCCGGUUGCGCCUCAAUUUCAUGAUCCUAAUAAUGGUUACUCAAUAUCCCACGCAGUUGAUCAUCAGCAGAAUUAUCAGUUACAGCAGCAUGGCUUUGAUCCCAUAGGGUUGGCGGAAAAUAACGCGGCAACAAACGCAAUGAAUGCAUAUGAGUUUCCGGUCCCACAGUCGGUAAAUCCAUAUGCGCAGACGGGCGAUAUGUUUUUCCCACAAACACAGUCAUAUACACCUCUGCUCCCUUACCACCGUUAUGCUCCUUUGGCUCCCUUUCCGCAAAAACUUUUACCGUUUCAAAGGAACAUUCAUGGAUUCUUCAUGUCCGAUAAUCUCAGGGAAGAGCUCCAAAGGAAAGCAGAAAUUACGUUGCAGUCUUUACCAAGCGUUUCUUCGCUUCUUCCCCCGGCAGUGGAGGAAUUUCACUCUUUAGUGCCACUAGAUACAUCAAACCAAAAGAACAUAAAUGUAUUUGGAUAUCCAAGCUGGGUUUAUAAGGCAUUCUCAAAUGAAGAUGCCAACCCAUAUGCGCUCCGGAGAGUUGAGGGGUUCCGUUUAUCCAACGAAGCCGAUAUCAGAAUAGUACAAAGAUGGAAAAAGGUUUUGAGCGCAAACAUAGUGACCAUCCAUAACGCUUGGACUACUACAAAAUUUGGAGACAGCUCUAUCAUCUUCGUCUAUGAUUACCAUCCUUUGUCCAAGACGCUGGCUGAGACUCACUUUGGGCCAAGUCCAAGAUACACUACCCCUCGACAUUCUGUUGGGCCUAUAGUUCCAGAACAAGUACUAUGGAGCUAUAUUGUACAGAUUGCUUCAGCGCUGAAAGUCAUUCAUAGUGCAGGUCUGGCAGCGAGGGUAAUCGAAGGAUCAAAAAUAUUGGUUACAAGCAAAAUGCGAAUACGCUUGAAUUGUUGCGGUAUCCUGGACGUGAUACAUCCAGACACCAUAAAAACUCAGGACAUGGUGCGUGAGGCUCAGCUUGAGGACCUGACCCAGCUAGGUCGGCUCAUGCUUUCCGUUGCAUGCAACACUCCAACGGCGCUUCAAAACUUCCAGAAAAGUAUGGAUUAUAUCAGGAGACAUUACUCCAUGCAAUUGCAUGACAGCAUCUACCUUCUUGCCACAGGUGCAACGAAGUCUGUGGAAGAGUUCAUCAAGACAAUUGCCAACCAGGCGUUCCAGAAUUUUGACAGCGCUCUGCAUUAUGAAGACUCGCUUGAAUCGGAGCUUUCAAGAGAACUUGAGAACGGUCGGCUGGUCCGGCUUUUGUGCAAGUUUGGGUUCAUCAAUGAGAGACCAGAGUUCGAUCACGAUCCAAGAUGGAGUGAAACUGGUGAUCGUUAUUACUUGAAGCUCUUUAGAGAUUAUGUCUUUCAUUCGGUUGAUGAAAACGGUCAACCGGUGGUGGAUAUUGCACAUGUGUUGAGCUGCCUGAACAAGUUGGAUGCCGGCGUAGACGAGAGAAUUAUGUUGGUCUCUCGGGACAGCAUGAAUUGUUUUGUUGUGACCUACAAGGAGCUGAAACGACAAGUCGAAACAUGUUUCCAGGAUCUCAACAAAAACAACAGACGGUAA